AAACAAACAAAGUGGCUUUGGGGGAGAUUUUUACUCUGUUCGCGUGUGAAUCCUCAGCGAGCGAGCGCGGGGAUAGCGAUUGAUCAAACUCCAUGGCGUUCACUUCUCGAGCUUGGAGAGUGGCACCCUUCAUCUUUGCGGUGGUGACGCUCGAACAGGCAGCUUCUUUCUCAAUUGGGAUCAAUCUCUUCACGUUUGCAUUCAACACGGAGCAUUUCAGCCUCGCCACUGCUGCCAACAUUGUGACCAACUUCAUGGGAACGAUGUUUCUCCUCACGCUCCUUGGAGGGCUUGUGGCAGAUCUCUGGUGGAGUCGGUUCAAGACGAUCGUCGUCUCUGGCGUCCUGGAAAUCCUGGGGAUUCUUCUCGUGGCGCUCGCAGCAUCUAUAAAAUCUCUCACUCCACCCGAGUGCCAGCUUCUAGAUGCUUCCUGCAAGAGCGCAACCUCUUCCCAAAAGGCAGUGUUCUUUGGAGGACUCUACCUUCUAGCACUUGGAGCCGGAGGUGUCAAAGCCAACAUCGCGACCAUGGGAGCUGUCCACUUCGACGAGAACUCGCCCGUGGAGAAGAAAGAACUGGGGACGUACUUCAACACGUACUUCAUCCAUUUCUGCAUCGGAGCGCUCAUUGCGAUCACGGCACUCGUCUACACGCAAGAAAACGUCUCCUUCGAAGUUGGCUAUCUCAUCGCGCUUGGAUGCAUGGUAUUGGGCGUGAUCGUCGCUGCCGCUGGCUAUCCACUCUAUCGACACAACUCGCCCAGAGACGGAACCCAAAGUCCAGUCACAAGCUUCGCCCAAGUUGUCGUGGCCGCGUUUAGGAACCGCAAGCUUUCAGUUUUGUCCCCGGAAGUUCUCCAUCAGGGUCCUCUCGAUGACUCAAAGACUGGCUACAGGAUCGAGCACACGGACCAGUUCACCUUCUUGGAUCGAGCAGCCGUCGUCGACUAUAACUCUCCCCCGACCGCACAAACCAGCCCCUGGAAGCUGUGCACGGUGACACAGGUCGAGGAGGUGAAGCUCAUCCUGCGAAUCCUCCCGAUCUUCGCGAGCACCAUCGUUCUGAACUGCGUCAUCGCUCAAGUCCAGACAGUAACACUCCAGCAAGGCCGGACGAUGGAUCGAAGGAUCACCAAGAGCUUCGAGAUACCUCCGGCGUCGGUGGCAGCGCUCCCGGUCGUGUUCAUGAUCAUAGCUCUCCCAAUCUACGACCGGAUCUUCGUGCCAAUCGCGCGGCGAGUCACGGGUCACGAGAACGGGAUCACGUACUUGCAAAGGAUCUCCGUGGGCUUGCUUCUGGCGAUCGUGAGUAUGGUGGUGGCGGCGUUUGUGGAGAAGAAGCGGAUCCGCGUCGCUCGGGAGUUUGGGCUCCUCGAUUCGCCCACCGCGAGGGUGCCGCUCAAGAUCUACUGGAUCAUGAUCCAGUACUUCAUCAUUGGGCUGGCGGACAUGUUCACAUUCGUGGGUCUCAUGGAGUUCUUCUACCGCGAGGCCCCCGAGAGAGUUCGCAGCAUGUCCACGGCGUUGACCUUUGUCUCCCUCUCCCUGGGCUACUUCUUGAGCUCCACCAUUGUCGAUAUUGUGAAGAGGGUUACUACAAAAGGUGGCGGGCUCGGGUGGCUGCCAAGCAACAUCAACAGGGGUAACAUCAGCAACUUCUACCUGCUGCUUGCAAGCGUCAGCGCCGUCAACUUCGUGGUGUACGUGGCAUGUGCGAGGUGGUACAGGUAUAGAGAUCACAGUGAUGCUGAUUCGGCAUUGGAUCGUGAUGUUGAGUUAGAGGAUGCACCAUCAAAAGCUACGGAUAUUGGUAGUGUGAGCAAGAGGCCCUUGAUGGCCUAGACAAUAUUUCAGGACAUGUCCAUACAGAUUCUUAUAUAAAAUCUCACCAAUCAAGCUAUGCUAACUCCACAUUUUACAUGACAUUGUUUUGGUGUCUACCAGCUUACAAACAUGUAAUUGGAUUCUGAGAAAAGUUAGUAAAAGCACAGAAAAAACAGAAGAAA